CACUAGUUUUAAUGCCAGCGUGGCCUCUACAAGGGGAAACGUAGUCUAGUUUAUUUGAAUGGCGGCAUUGGAAAUAGGCGCUAGAUUUCUAGGUUCCAUCGAUCACUUGAGCUCUUCGAUCUAUCCCCCAGCGGGGCCAUGGCAGCGGCAGCAAUUUCCCAGGCGCCAGCGCCUUGGCCGAGUGAUUUCCAAAAUGGAUGUGCCAGAUUUUCUUCCCGCGACGUGGGGUGAAUCACGGCUAAAGAAGCCCCUCGGACCGACUCUAGCAUUAACGGCGGAAGACACGAUACUCCAGCAGCUGGAUGCUCUCCAAGAGAACGAUCGCCCAUAUCCUGAUCAUGGAAUCGAAGUCAUGUAUCGGUUUGCUGCUUUCGAUCCAUUCAGCCGCUCAAAUUACUUCGGCCGGUACCUGGAUCUAGGACAAUUUGAGAGAUUUAGACGCAUUUAUCAUCAUCAAACUUACAGAGUGCUCCUCGGUCACAAGGAGAGACGCACAUUGAGUAGCUUACGAGUGUCAGAGCAUUCGCUUAAGGAGAGAAUAUGGAUCCAGGGUGCUCGUCCUGACGAAGAGGGGACUUUCGAGUUUACUCUCGUCCAGAUGGUUGGAGGGAGCUGGGAUGGGUACUGGCUUACCGAGAGCCUGAUUCACGAUGGAGAAGGCCUGGGUACUAUUCCAUACUGAAUUGUUUCCAUGGAAGGUGAUGCUUUGUUUAUAAAUCUCGUCUCUUAAGAAUU